UCUACUGUUCUUCCUGUGCUGGAUCUCUGAUGCAACUGAUUGUUAUGGUGCCGUUUGUGAAGGAUCACUGGAUACUGCGUCCUUAAAUGAGCGUUUUUGAUCUGUUUCGUGGGUUUUUCGGGGUUCCCGGUGGUCAUUAUCGUGGUGAUGGCCGCAGGGACCCCUUCUUCGAAGGGAUGAUUCAUGAAGAUGAUGAUGACGAUGAGGAUGAUGACAGUGGAUUUCACCACGAUGACUUUAAUAGGCCCCAUCGGGACCCGUUCGUUGAUGCCUUCAGAUUUGGUUUCAGUUUUGGGCCCGGCGGGAUGCGCUUCGAGGAACCUCAGCUGUUUGGCCAGAUCUUCAGGGACAUGGAGGAGAUCUUUGCCAGUUUAGACCGCUUUGAUGAGCGUCAUGGCAUUGGACACAGAGGUGCUCCAUCAGAAGAAGCUCCGCCUCCUCAGGAAGGUGCUGAGAAAGGCAGGGGUCGAGCAGGAAGUAGUAACCCGAUUAGAGAUUUCAUGUUGAAGUCUCCUGACAGCUCACCCUACACAUCACCCCUCCCUCCCCCCUCUGAGGCACCAAAGGACAGGCAUUCCUCUUCUCCACAGGAUCCCAGCAGCCACUUUCCUCAGUGGAGACCCUUCUCAAAGUUCCAUGAUCUUUGGAAAGAUGGCCAAUUAAAACCAAAAGAGGGAGAGAAAAAAGAGGAUGGAGAUCUGGACUCACAGGUGUCUUCAGGUGGUCUGGAUCAGAUCUUGACUCCAGCACCUUCACAGCCAAAGAUAAGGUCAACUUUUAAGUCUGUCAGCGUCACCAAGGUGGUCAGACCAGAUGGAACGGUAGAAGAAAGGCGAACAGUCAGAGACGGUGAAGGUAAUGAAGAGACUAUGGUGACCAUCUCCGGUCCAGGUGUCCGAGACGGGCCGCAAGAUCAGUCUGGUCUGCUCAUGCCAGGUGGGUUGAACCCUUCUGUUGACAUGCAGGAGGAUUUCUCAGAGUUUUCCAAGUUCUUCAGAGUCUUUCGAGGCUGAAGGAGCUGUGGACACAAACCUAAGGAUGAUCUCUUUUCAUCCUUUCCCAGCAAACCCACCAACUGCAAGCUACGAGAAUUAUUAGUUGAUUUUACAUUGUUCAGUCUGAUUGAAUUGUUCAGUGUGAAUGUGGAGAUCCAUUCUUGAUUAUUGGAGUGAAGAACAAUUAUUUGCUGCCACAAAUUGGCCCUAGUAAUUUUGCCUACUGUUUUUCUUUCAAUAAACUUUUAUUGAGAAUAGUUUAAGAAUUGUAUUAACAUUGAACCUUGGGUUAGUUGUUGAAGCUGCAAUGUUCUGAAAAGGACUGACUGACAAUUUUAGUUUGCUGGUAGAGAAGAGCAGAUACUGCAGAUGAUAAGACGGAGUUUAAUAUAUUUGUAAAUUGUAUUUUCAGUGGUGUUUCACUGUGUAACAUAAAGAAAAGAAUAAGAUCUGCCUUGUUUUUCUAAUUUUGUUUUCAUUUGUUGUGCUUUGAG